CGGGGCGGGACGGGACGGGAGGGGAGAGCGCAGCACAGCACAGUACAGCACAGCGCAGCACAACACAGCGCAGCACAGCACAGCGCGCAGCGGCGGCUGCCUACACUGCCUGGGCGGGAGCCAGCUCCGCGCGCGGCAAAUGUGCCCCGGGAAGCGGACUUUUACCUCUGCCUUAGGCAUUGUGGUUGCACUCGGUCUGCCCUGAGGUCAGAAGGGACUUGCAGCAAGGACCAUGCGGUGAAGCAGAGAGCUGGACCCGGGGACGCUGUUGUGCACGCACACAUCCAGCGUGGAAGGAUCGCGUGUGACUGCUCCAGUCGGAAAAGGGAAAUAAAAACGCGCGAGUCGGUGGGAAGAAAAGCAGAAUCUCACAUUCCUGACUCGCCACUACCUUCUUGGAGACCUUCGCAAGUGCCUCUCGCUAGCUGAUCCUGCUCCCCGGUGCCUGCAGCAGCCUGCAUCUGGCGCUUCCCUCCCUCUCGCUAGCCCGAGAUAAAAACCAUUUGCAGAAAGGUUUUGGUUUUCGUCACCUCUGGGACGAGAGACUUGCGGCCGAGGAAGGUGCUUCCCUCCGAACCCGCUAGCACGGAGCGAUCCGCCUCUGCGGAGAGCUGUGCCCGCUCGGCGGACCAGCCAGCUAGGGAAAGGCGACCCUCGCAGCCCGGCUCCCGGGAGAGGGGGGCAGGAGCGGACCCUCCCCUGCUGGCGGCGACCCCCGAGGGCCGGGCGGCCCCGCCGGAGCGGGCGCCCCCGAGCUGAGCACUCACCCGGCCGCGCCGUCUGCCCCAGUGCCGUGCUAAGUGGAUUUGCCAUUAUUAGUGCCUCCUUGGAAAUAAGUACAGAGCUGUCACUGAGUUUUCCAAAUCAGCAUUGCAACCCUUAUGUCAGGAUUUCAGAUGCAUGCCAGGUUCCCACUGGGUGCCAGAAGUAGAGAUCACUACAGAUGGAGCCCCAAAGUCAGCAUGGCAGUGGUGGUUCAUUAGUUGUCAUUCAGCAGCCCUCUUUGGACAGCCGGCAAAGGUUGGACUAUGAAAGAGAAAGCCAGCCAACAACUAUUUUGUCACUGGACCAGAUCAAGGCGAUCAGGGGCAGCAAUGAAUACACCGAAGGUCCAUCUGUGGUGAAAAAAUCAGGGCCACGGACAGCACCGAGGCAAGAAAAGCAUGAAAGAACUCACGAAAUUAUACCAAUUAAUGUGAAUAAUAAUUAUGAACACAGACCCAGUCAUGUGGGGCAUGUGGCACAUCAGCAUAAUGCAAGGGCUCCUGUCUUGAGCAGAUCAACUAGCACAGGGAGUGCAGCUAGCUCUGGAAGCAAUAGCAGUGCUUCCUCAGAGCAAGGACUGCUGGGACGGUCACCUCCAUCCAGGCCAGGUUCAGGCCACAGAUCCGAUCGGACAAUCCGGACACAGCCCAAGCAGUCGUCUUUGAUUGUAGAUGAUCUGAAGGGUCCCUUGAAAGAGGACUUGACACAGCACAAGUUUAUCUGUGAACAGUGUGGGAAGUGCAAAUGUGGCGAAUGCACAGCCCCAAGGGCCCUCCCGUCUUGCUUGGCCUGCAACCGGCAGUGCUUGUGCUCUGCUGAGAGCAUGGUGGAGUAUGGUACCUGCAUGUGUUUGGUCAAGGGGAUCUUCUACCACUGUUCCAAUGACGAUGAAGGGGACUCUUAUGCGGAUAAUCCCUGCUCUUGUUCCCAGUCACAUUGCUGUUCUAGGUACCUGUGCAUGGGAGCAAUGUCCUUGUUCUUGCCUUGCUUGCUCUGCUACCCUCCUGCAAAAGGAUGCCUAAAACUGUGUCGAGGGUGCUAUGACCGUGUCAAUCGUCCAGGCUGCCGGUGUAAGAACUCCAACACUGUCUAUUGUAAACUGGAGAGCUGCCCCUCUCGGGGUCAGGGCAAGCCCUCAUGAUUUUUGGAGGGAGGUUCACUUUCUCCAACUGUUACUUUCAGGUUAUAGCUGAUUUUCCCCUAGUCCCCUUUGUUUUUUUUUCUUGUGCUUUCCUUUCUUUCUCCCCCACUUCAAAUACUUGUUCUUCCCUUUGCAUCUUUGCUCUCCUUUUAUUGCUCUCUUUCUAUUGACUCAGCUGAGUGUGGAGUGUUUUACGUAGUCAUUGCUGCUCUUUGGUAAGUGUGGACUCCGUAUCUGCAUCUGCCUAUUCACUUUGGCAGGGCUUUUUGAGUUUGCAACGAAACCACUCCUGAAAGAGGCAGUGAGGGGCUCACUGGGCUCUUUUGCAGCCUCUUGCUCUGUGAAUAUCUUCCCAAAGAUGUUUUUUGUUCUCAGCAAUUCUUUUUCUUGUUCAGUUGUUUGUUUUGUUUUUUUUGUUUUGUUUUCGUUGACCCCCCCCAGUUCCCAGGAGUAACUGUUUAAUGAGUGAGCUAGAUUGUGAAGCAGCAUUUUGUGUGUACCCUUUCUGGACAGCGAUGUAAAAUAAAGGCCUUACGGAAAGAAAGGCCUGACUCUUUUGCAAGCAACCUGCUUUUCUUUUUUUUUUUCCUCCUGUUUUGUCUUAGCUUUUGGAAUAGUCUCAGUCCUGAGAUUUAGCUGGUUGCUCCUCCCCUGCCUCUUCUUUUUUACUUUUAAUGCAACUUCAGUUUUUGCUUCACUAUGUAGAUCUUCACAUUGGAGACAUUAUGGCUGCAACGUAUUCAUUUAUUGCUGUCAAAUCUUUGAAGGAUAUGGCUCACUCCAUCCUCCUACUCCUGUUUCUAUAGUCUAUCAGUAUCAUGUUGAUAUUAAAGUUGGUGGUGUUCAUAUAUCCAAACAGUUUUCAGGUGUCAUUAAGUUGCAUAAAUGUUUCUUGUGAUCCUUUUGGUUUAGUGAAUUUAGCUCUGCUCUGUACUUUAUAAUUUUAUUCUGUUCUCUGUUUUAUUGCCUUAGCCACAAAUUGUGGUCUUUUUGUAUAUUUUAUGUAUAAAACACAAAAUUGAAUUCUGACUAUUUUUAAGACAAAAGUCUGUUAAAACUUUUUUUAUUGUAAAGAAUAUUUAUUAUGUGAAUCUAUUAUUUUAUGAUAUUUAUUGCAAAAGACUUUGAAAAUGUACUCAUGUCUGAAUAUAACAAAAUAUCAAUACUUAACGAAAUAAGGAUGACACGAAGAAAGUACAUAUGUUAACUAUAAUGCAGAAAAUAUAUUAAUUA